CCUCGAUAGGACUACGCGGCCCCCUCCUGGCUUCCAUUCUAUAUCCCCAUUGCCCGUGCACGACGACCACGAGCGACGAUUGCGGUCACAACGACGACAAAGACGGACGGACGGACGACGACGUGAACAACGACCAGCGACGACCGCUCCAAGACUGCGACCUCCUUGUGCGACCACGCCUCACUCGCGAACCGGCACCCAGACUCGACACAUCAUCACACACCCGACUCGAGUCGCAUUAACUGCGCGAGUGCCCGUCCGUCGUCCCCAUCACCGGGUGCUGAAUGUCCGUCACGGACCCCGACAUGCUCAACGGCGCCGCCGACGCUCGCGGUUCCAGCAAUGGGACGUCCUAUGUGAACGGCAACGGGCCCCUUUCCCAUCGCCUCAAGAUGGACCGCAAGCAGUCGAGCCCCAUGGCACCGCCCUUCAUGGUGUCUGCGCCGGGCAAGGUCAUUGUCUUUGGCGAGCACUCAGUCGUACACGGCAAGACCGCCAUUGCCGCCGCCAUCUCCCUCCGCUCCUAUCUCCACGUCACGACCCUCUCCAAGUCGAAGCGGACGGUCUCGCUGCGGUUCCCCGACAUCGACCUCAUCCACACGUGGAACAUUGACGACCUGCCCUGGAAUGUCUUCCAGAGCCCCUCCAAGAAGAAGUCGUACUACUCCCUCGUCACCGAGCUCGACCCCGAACUCGUCUCCGUCUUGCAGCCGCACAUUGACGUCGUGGGCACCGACCAGCCCGACGAGACGCGCAAAGUCCAGCGCAACUCGGCCUUUGCCUUCCUCUACCUCUUCCUCUCGCUCGCAUCGCCGGCCUUUCCCGGGUGCCUGUACACGCUUCGAUCCACCAUACCAGUCAGCGCCGGCCUCGGCAGCAGCGCGUCUGUGUCCGUCUGCCUGUCCGUCGCACUGCUCAUCCAGCUGCGGACACUGUCUGGGCCGCACCCCGACCAGCCGCACGAGGAGGCACGGCUGCAGGUUGAGCGCAUCAACAGGUGGGCCUUUGUCGCCGAGAUGUGCAUCCACGGCAACCCCUCGGGCGUGGACAACACCGUGGCCACCCAGGGCAAGGCCGUCGUCUUCCGCCGCACAGACUACACCGGGCCGCCGUCGGUGCGCCCGCUGUGGGACUUUCCGGAGCUCUCCCUCCUGCUGGUGGACACUCGGCAGCCCAAGUCGACCGAGCACGAGGUCGCAAAGGUCGCCAAGCUCAAGGACACGCACCCCAAGCUGGUGGGGACCAUCUUGGACGCCAUGGACAAGCUCACCGGGAGCGCGGCCGAGCUCAUCGAGCACGAAGACUUUGAUGAGGAGGAGGAAGAGUCGCUGCGGAGGGUGGGCGAGCUGAUGACCAUCAAUCACGGCUUGUUGGUUUCACUGGGCGUGUCGCAUCCGCGCCUCGAGAGGGUGAGGGAGCUCGUCGACCACCAGGGCAUCGGCUGGACCAAGCUCACGGGUGCCGGCGGUGGUGGGUGCUCCAUCACCCUCAUGCGACCGGGCGUGUCCAAGGAGAAGCUGCGCAAGCUUGAGCAGCAGCUGGAGGACGAAAACUACCAAAGGUUCGAGACGAUCCUGGGCGGCGACGGUGUCGGCGUGCUCUGGCCGGCGGUACUCAAGAACGGCACCGAGGAGGACCAAGAGGGUGGCAUGGAGAUUGACGUGGAAAAGUUCCUCAACGCCGAGGGGACUAAGGGCGUCGAGAGCCUGGUCGGCGUGCAUGGCGACGGCGGCGAGCGCGAGGGCUGGAAGUUUUGGCGCGUCGAGAACCGGUAAUCUUGGACGCGCUGCCGCUGUACGAUACCCAAGUCGGACCACACUCCCCACCGCCGCCCCCCCACCAUCAUAAUCAUCCGUCUUGGAAGGGGAGAGAUGGCUUGCGGAGGCAAAGGUGUCAGGGUCACUAAUAUGAUAGGAUGACGUCGAGAAUCUACAUCACUAGAGGGUCUACGGUGCUACGAAGCAUUGCUCACUCAAUUUUUUGGUAUAUAUCAUCAUUCUACUGUUGCGAGACUGAUGACUCCUGCGUUGGUGAUGCGAGCGUGGCGCCUAGGAGGAGGCCAGACUGCUGACCGCCCGCAACUGGCGGCGGGUGACUGACGUUGUGUAGUCCCGGUGCAGUCAGUCUCCGGUGGGAUAUUGUGGUUGCCCCGGGCGAGCCGCCGCGC